ACUCCAUAUUAUCCUCUUCUUCCCUCUCUCUCUUCAAUUUUCAUUUCCUCUUUCCAUUCCCUUUUCCUUCUUCUUCUUCUUGUCUUCCCUCGUCUUCUCCGGCGCUGGACAUCAGUCCCGACCGACGCUACCGGGAAUUUCCCUAGAGAAAGGAAAUGUGAGCCGGUCGCCUUCAUUUCACUCUUAUUCUAUCGCAACCUCCUCUUCACCGCGUCGCCCGCCGGAGAGUGCUCGUGUGUGCAAGGAAGCUGAGCCGGAGGCGGAGGCAGGAAGGGCUUAUGCCACCGCAUCUUCUCCGGAGAAGGAGAAAGGUGUUGGGUGUUUGAUAAAUGUAGCAUAUGCCUGCGGCUUACAACAUCAACUUAGAUUUGAGAAUCGAGCUUCGUCAUCCAUGGACUGGACGAAUGGAAUCUUAUAGUAUUUUCGAGUUUUCAAGUUGGUGAAAGCUUUCAGCAUUCACCCGCAAGAGCAGUCAUUCGAAUUGAGAUUGGAAUUUGGACUGGGUGGUAUCCGGAAAUUUGGAAAUUUUCUCCUUACUUUUUCUUCUUUGCCCCUGCUGUUUUUCUUCUUCACUUGCUGCUGUUUGCCCGAGUGGGAGCACAAAUUGCUCGUAUUUAUGUUGUUUGUUGAAGAGUUUGGAAGUGAUUGAAUUAGUGGUGCUUGGAAUUUCAUAUACAAUUUGUUUGCUUGAUGCUGCCUCCAUUGGUAUUUUCUUCAAAUUCGGGGCAUUUUGCUCCGAGUUUAUUCCCCAUAAAUUGCCCUUCCUGUCGUCAAGACAAGAAUCUUUCAAAUGCCUUUGGUAGCAAUUUUUGCGCAAUCACGGCUUCCCAUCCAAAGCGAUCGAAGGCUCUUAGUGGUGGUGCGAGUAAUGAUGGGAAGGCUGGGAAGGUGGAAAAUUCAAAAUAUAAGUGGGUUAAGACAGGACCUAAUCUGAUGAUCGAGGAACAUAAACUGACUAUGUCGAAUAAGAUUCCGGAAAAGAUGUCGAAUCGUUGCAAAGCCUUGAUGAAGCAGAUAAUUUGCUUUUCAAGUGAAAGUGGGAGUGUUGCACAUAUGUUGGGUGCUUGGGUGAAGAGCACUACUCCUCGAAGAGCAGAUUGGCUUGCUGUUCUUAAAGAAUUAGAGGCCAUGAAUCAUCCAUUGUACUUCCAGGUGGCCGAACAUGCCUUCACAGAGGAAUCAUUUGAAGCCAACAUCCGCGACUACACCAAGAUAAUUCAUCAAUAUGCGAAGCAGAACAUGUUACCUGAAGCUGAGAACACUCUAGCAACCUUGAAGAGCAGAGGGUUCCUCUGCGAUCAAGUGACGCUAACAGCUCUAGUCCACAUGUACAGCAAGUCCGGUAAUCUCAAGCAGGCAGAAGACUCGUUUGAAGAGAUGAGGUUACUCGGCGUGCCAUUAGACAGAAGAUCGUACGGCUCCAUGAUCAUGGCCUACAUUAGAGCCGGAAUGCUACCCUGUGCAGAGACCUUACUGGCAGAAAUGGAAGCUCAAGAAAUUUACGCGGGCCGAGAAGUUUACAAGGCUCUCUUAAGAGCUCAUUCAAUAAUUGGUAACAGUGAAGCUGCACAAAGGGUUUUCGAUGCAAUCCAAAUGGCAGGCAUUGUCCCCGAUGCUAGGAUAUGUGGGCUUCUCAUAAAUGCCUACCUUGUCUCGGGUCAAACCCGUGAAGCGAGCAUGGUGUUUAAAAAUAUGAGAACUGCUGGUGUUGAGCCAAAUGACAAGUGUGUGGCGCUGGCUUUGGCUGCGUAUGAAAUGGAGAACAAACCGAAGGAGGCGUUGGAUAUGGUGACUGAGUUGGAUAGAAAUGACGUCGUGCUCGGAGAAGAAGCUUCGGAAUUGCUUGUGAAGUGGUUUCAGAGGCUGGGGAUUGUUGAAGAAGUCGAAACACUCGGCAAGACAUCUAAGGUAAUACAUACAUACUUGUAAGUACGAUCUAUUUCUAGUUUCUAAAGGGUGAUGGAAAAUGUUUUGAAAUGUGAGUUUGGUUUUUUUAAACUUUUUAAAUUGAAUGCCUUUUUAAGUUGUAUUUUAUUUGAUUUUUUAUUUGACUUUGAUGUAUGUUUCUAGAGUAGUAGUGUUGGUUGCAAUGAAGAAUUGGACAUUCUUAGACUUUAAAUGACAACCAUACUUCCGAUAACUUUUAAGACUCUUGUGUACUUUUAGGGGGAGUUUACUUCGAAGGAUUAGGUCGGAUAAUACUGUUUUAUCUGACCUAAUAUCAUAUUUACUUUAAUGUACUCGAGUC